UUAAUCAUUUUUAACACAAAUGGUCUUUUGAACUUUGGCCUUUCAAGAAGAGCCUUCUUAUAUUACAUACCACUCCACCCCCUCCACCCCUCUAAGAUGGCGCGGCCUCGGAGUGCUGUUCUUAGGGCUUCCGUCCAACUCUCACAUCGAUGGGCGGUGCCUCACGCGCGACGACAAUAUAGCAUUGCUACCGCUACAGCUACAGCUACAGCUACUAUUGCUAACUCUAGAUUCACGCCAUGCCUCCGGAGAUCACACCGGUACUACGCGACUGAGGCAUCCGCGAAAGCGACGCGGGGCGGCUCAAAGGUCUUCAAGUCUGCAGAUGAGGCCGUUGCAGACUUGAAGGAUGGCGACGUGGUCCUUAGUGCUGGAUUUGGGUUAUGUGGCGUUGCUGAAACACUCAUUCAGGCUAUACAUAAAAGGGGUCUCAAGAAUCUCACGGCCGUGUCGAAUAAUGCUGGCUCCGGUGACCACGGCUUAGCCCUGCUUACUAGGGACGGACGACUAGAUCGCAUUAUCCUCUCAUAUCUAGGGUCGAAUAAGGAGCUCGAGAAACAAUAUUUAACAGGAAAAAUAGCUGUUGAGCUAUGUCCACAAGGCACAUUGGCCGAAAAGCUAAGAGCGGCCGGGGCUGGCAUACCGGCUUUUUAUACAGCGACAGGAGGGAAGACGUUCGUUGAGACUGGCGAGAUACCCGUGAGAUUCACCCCGGAAGCUGUCCUCGAAAAAGGCAAGCCAAAAGAGACUAGAGUAUUCAAUGGGAAAUCCUACAUUAUGGAGACGGCUCUCCCUGGCGAUGUAGCGGUCCUGCGCGCUUGGAAGGUUGACGAGGCAGGCAACUGUGUCUUCAAAUACACUACCAAGACGUAUGCGGGCCUUAUGGCCAAGGCGGCACGCAUCGCCAUCGUUGAAGCUGAGAAUAUCGUACCGAUCGGUUCUAUUGAUCCGGACAGCGUUGAUCUUCCGGGGAUCUUUAUUGACCGCAUCGUACCGGCCACGGCGGCCAAGCACUUUGAAGUGCUGAAAGUAGCGCCACCUAAGGAGGAUCCGACUUCAGGCAAGCCGAGCACACUUGAUGCUCGGAACCGUAUUGCUAGGCGUGCGGCUAAGGAGCUGCAGGAUGGCUAUUACGUUAAUUUAGGCGUGGGGAUCCCGACGCUGGCGGCGUCAUACUUGCCUGAGAAUACCAAAGUCUGGCUACAGUCUGAAAAUGGUAUCCUAGGCAUGGGCGGUUACCCGGCGACAGAGGAAGAGGCAGACCCAGACCUGAUCAACGCGGGUAAGGAAACGGUAACGUUGUUACCAGGAGCUGCGACAUUCGACUCGGCCGAGUCGUUCGGCAUGAUCCGGGGCGGUCAUGUUGAUGUGUCAAUUCUAGGCGCUUUCCAAGUAUCUGCGUCGGGAGACUUAGCCAACUACAUGAUCCCCGGUCGUGUUUUCAAGGGCAUGGGUGGCGCCAUGGACCUCGUGUCGAACCCAGAGCAAACCAAGAUCGUCGUGGCUACAGAACAUGUUGACAAGAAAGGCCGCAGCAAGAUCGUCCAGGACUGCAAACUGCCCCUAACCGGCAAGGGCGUCGUCAGUACAAUCAUCACAGACCUUGCUGUCUUCCAGGUUGAUCGCACCAAGGGCGGUCUGACGCUUACUGAGAUUGCGGAAGGUGUCGAAGUUGAGACUGUGAAGGGUAAGACCGAUGCUCAAUUUGUGGUUGCAGAAGAUUUGAAGACGUUCUAAGCAUAGAGAGUGUGAGAGGGUGAGACAACAAGAUGAUACCAGACGAGACGAGUCAAGACGGAAUAUGGUUCGCACCGGGUGUUUAUAUUUAUUGUAUACCUAUAGAUUAAUGCGUAUCUGCGCAUAUAAAUACACUGCUUAUAUGGUGGAUA